ACAAAAAUGGCGUCGAACGGGGAAGAUGCGGGUUCCCUCACGACUGUUGUUCGUGGGGAACAAGAAGAGAGAAAAACGUUUUCAUUUGGUUUCACUAAGACAGUUAGCAAAUUUAAACCUUCGGCUGUCGACGCUGCGAUCAAGAAAGAUGAAAAGGAUUACCUGACAGGAAUUGACGAUAAAGAAUUGCAAAGUUCAAAACCAUCGGAGAAGCCCAAGGAGCUCAUCAUCCCUCUGAUCCAGAAGAACCGCUGGCACAAAGCGGACCGAGCGGGCCACAGCGAGGCGAGCGGAGGCAAAACACAAGAAAGAAGCCAAGACAAUGACUCUGUGGAGUCUCAAGCUGUCAAAGAACUCAUUGAAGACUCCCGGAGGCAGCUUGAUCAGUGGCAGAAUGGCCCUCAGUCAGGAGCCAACCUGAACCUCUCCAUCCCCCUGUUGAUGCAAAACAAAGUGCCAGAUGGCUUUGAGGAUGGGGACCAUGUAAAGGUGGAUCUACGGCCUGAAUCUUCGUCACAAGCAGAUUAUGACAGUGUUCCUGUUGAGGCCUAUGGGCUUGCCAUGCUGAAAGGGAUGGGCUGGAGUAAAGAGGAAGGUAUUGGACGCACAUUUAAACAACACGUGAAGCCAAUCGAACACCAGCUCCGUCCAAAAGGUUUGGGUCUUGGAGCCGAUCGUUCAGCGAUAAAGGACCUGGAGCCCAGCAAACAUAAACGUCCCCCCAAGCCAGGCGAGGAGAGAGAGAAGGAGGAGGAACUAGUGAUGGGUCCAGGCGGCUGUGUUCUGGUGCAGUCUGGGCCACAUAAAGACCUCUACGGCAAGAUUGAAGGCGUCGAUGCAGACAAUGCUCGUGUUGUGGUGAAGCUGGCUAUUGGCGGCAAGUCUGCGACAAUCAGCCAGUAUGCUGUUAAACUGGUCGGGCGCAAGGAAUACGACAAAAACGGCAAAGACCUCAGUCGCCUCAGUAAAGCCCACAAAGACAAGGAAAAGGAGAAAGAGCGACAGAAGGAGCAACAGAGACGGGAGGAGAAAGAGAGGCGAAGUAAUGGUGACGAGGUAAAACACCAUUCUUCAGAACGAGGGGGAGGAAAGGACGACAGGAAGAGGAAACACAGAGAAUCUAGUCAAGACAGAGAGAAGCCUCCAGUGAAAGAGACAAGGCGACCACCAGCUCCCCCCUCCUGGCUCCAGAGAGACUUGAAAGUUCGCUUUAUAGACAAAGCUUUCAAAGGGGGCAGGUACUACAAUUCAAAGAUGCGUGUGGAGGACGUCCUGACACCGACCACCUGUGUGUGUCGAACUGAGGAGGGAAGACUGUUAGACGAUGUGAGCCAGGACAUGCUGGAAACCAUUGUUCCAAAAAGUGAAUAUGAUUCUGUAAUGGUUGUACUGGGAGAGCACAGAGGACAGGUUGGCCGUAUUCUCCAGCGGGACAAGAACAAGUGCAGAGCGAUGGUGCAGCUCGAUCGACACGAGGAGAAGGUGUUCACUCUGGAUUAUGACACCAUUUGUCACUAUGUGGGAGCAUCUGAUCACUGAUUCAGUGUUUCCCUGUCCUUUUUCAUCCCAUCUUAAAUGUCUGUUUUGUUAUGUUCAAAAAUUAUGGAUUUUAAAGCAUCGCAAUUUUGUAAUAAAAUAUUGUCAAGAA